AUGCCGAGAUCGCCUCAUCAAUCCAUAUUAAAAUCAAAUCAAUGCAUCAAUCCACACCAAGUUGUGAAACACUCAAUAUUUGAGGCUCAAAAGCCUGUUUUCUUCCAGACUGCGAACAGUCCGGCCACCGGAGCCUUUCGGAAAGUUCCACCGGAAAUAUGCCAAUAUGGUACUGGAAACGUCCCGGAAAUUACGAGAUCAACGGAAUGGUCCUCGGAAUAUUUUUUAGAAAGUCGCGGAACUCCCCGGAAAAGCCCCCGGAGUGAACUUGCCUGCCCCGGUGGCUCAAGCCAUCGGAGCCAAGCCGCCAGAGCCGGCGUGCCCAUCCCGGUGGUUCAGCCGCCGGGAAGGCCGCCGAAGGACCGGCGGCUCAGCCGCGGAAAGGCCGCCGGAAAGUCGGCGGCAUCCAUUCCCGGCGCGCCAGCCGCGGGAAGGCCACCGACCCGGCGGCCUAUCCGGGCGGCCCCGCCGCCGGGCCCAGGCCGCCGACGGACCGGCGGCCCGAACGCGAAGGGCCGCCGAGACCCCGGCGGCCCCCGGCCGCCGGGAGGCGCCGCUCCGGCGGGCCCGGCCGGCGGCCCCGGCCUUCAAGACUUGGCGGCCUGGCCGCCGGGCGGGCCCGCCGAGCCGGCGGUCCAUCGGCGGCCCCGGCCCCGCGGGCCGCCGGACCCCGGCCACCGGAAACAGUUCCGUUUUGGCGCCUAUAAAUACAUGGCCUCGGGCCUCCUAAAUUUUCCUCAUCUCAGUCUGUGUUGA